GUCAGGUGGGAGACUGAUCUGUACACUAAAGCUAAAAUUAACCCUGCAAGCUCCCUAUAAGCUCCCUAAUUAACCCCUUCACUGCUGGGCAUAAUACAAGUGUGGAGCGCAGCGACAUUUAGCUGCCUUCUAAUUAUCAAAAAGCAACGCCAAGGCAUAUAUGUCUGCUGUUUCUGAACAAAGGGGAUCCCAGAGAAGCAUUUACAACCAUUUGUUCCAUAAUUGCACAAGCUAAUUGUAAAUAAUUUCAGUGAGAAACCUAAAGUUUGUGAAAACGUUUGUGGAAAAAAUGAACAAUUUUAUUUUUUUAUUUGAUCGCAUUUGGCGUGAAAUGGUGGCAUGAAAUAUACCAAAAUGGGCCUAUAUCAAUACUUUGGGUUGUCUACUAAAACAAAAUAUAUAUACAUGUGAAGGGUUAUUCAGGGAUUCCUGACAGAUAUCAGUGUUACAAUGUAACUAUCGCUAAUUUUGAAAAAAAAAAAUGGUUUGGAAAUAGCAAAGUGCUAUUUGUAUUUAUUGCCCUAUAACUUGCAAAAAAAGCAAAGAACAUGUAAACAUUGGGUAUUUCUAAACUCAGGACAAAAUUUAGAAACUAUUUAGCAUGGUUGUUUUUUUGGUGGUAGUAGAUGUGUAACAGAUUUUGGGGGUCAAAGUUAGAAAAAGUGUGUUUUUUAAAAAUAAUUCAUCAUAUUUUAUAAAAAAUUUUUAUAGUAAAUUAUAAGAUUUGAUAAAAAUAAUGGUGUCAUUAGAAAGUCCAUUUAAUGGCGAGAAAAACGGUAUAUAAUAUGUGUGGGUACAGUAAAUGAGUAAGAGGAACAUUACAGCUAAACACAAACACAGCAGAAAUUUCAAAAUAGCCCUGGUCCUUAAAGGGACAUUAAACACUAAAUACAUGCUAGAUAGAAUGAUGCAUUCAAAGAAAAGAUUAGUCCAUGACUAACAUGUAGAUGUAUUUUUUAAAGUUUCAUUAGUUGUUUAAAAAGUGACAAAAUAAGUGUAAAAUUUUAGUGUCUAUAAAACAAUGGGAGCUGCCAUGUUGUAACUUAGGUUACCUUCUCUGCUGUAGCCAAUUAGGGUCAGUUAUAAAUAGGUCACUAGAGUGUGCAGCCAAUGGUUGUGCUGGAUUUAACAGUUUCUACACUUCCAUUUCUAACAGCUCACAAUUUCAGAUUGGAUUUACAGGCAAAGAUGACAAAAUAAAUAAUGAAAGUAUAUUGAGUUGUUUUUAUUAUAUAAAAUUUUUCAUUUUACAUUACCAUCUCAAAGUGUUUAAUGUCCCUUUUUAACGGUAAGAAAUUGAAAAAUGGCCUUGUCCUUGUGGGGUUGAAUAGAUAGAGAAUACAAAUUUAAACAACUUUCCAAUUGAUGUUUAAUAUCUAAUUUGCUUUGUUCGUUUUCUAUCGUUUGUUGAAGAAUCAGCAAUGCAUUACUGGGAGCUAUCUAUUUUAACACAUUGGGUGAGUCAAUAAAAAGGGGCAUAUAUGUGCAGCCACCAAUUAGCAGCUCCAUUUGAAUUGUGGAAGAAGAAAAAAUUGUGUUUAAUGUCCCUUUUAGGUGUCUUUCUGUGAAUUAGGUUCCUGUUACUGUGAAGAUCACGUACAAUACACGUCACUGCGUUUGUCAGUAAAGAAGAAAUGUUAUAAGAAUAUCUGACAUAUUCAGUAGCGCUGAACAAGACAAUGUCUGACAAGAACCAAACCUCAGACCUUCAUGAUGCACACAGCGACUCCUAACCAAGUAUCAGAUGUAGACUGAAGUCUACAGAUUCCUGCUGCUCCAGUUUGUGCAAUGGGUCUUUUCAUAUGCAGGGGAGAUGGGAGCGUCUGCUCUUUCUGCAUUCUCAGCUCCUUUCACUGGGUGUCUCAGCCUAACCUCAUCAAGAGUGCUAAACUAGGAUCUUCUAAGGCUUCUUGAAAACUCAGGCACUGGGCUAUUAAAUGUCAAGGAAGAGGAUGAGACAGAUGAAAUGAAUAGUCAUAAGACUAAUUCGUCCCUCCCUGCUGAUGAAGAUAACACUGAUAUAGUAAAAUUUGAGAUAACAGAAGAUCUGUGUGUGAGGCAUCAUCUGGGAGCCCAAGAUGAGGAAACCAGUAACUGUCCAGAUGAAGAUAUCGCUGAUAUAGUAAAAGUUCAGCUAACGGAAGAUCUGUGUGUGAGGCGCCAGCUGGGAGACACAGAUGAGGAAACCAGUGACAAUAUUAGCACAGGCCGUAGGGAUUUGACGCCUUCAGCUGGCUCACUGAUUGGGCACAGAGGAGAACCGUAUGUGCAUGAUCUUGUGAAGACUGAGGAGGAUGAAGUUCCUAUAAAUAUGGCUGAAGGGGGCUCCAUGAGCUGGAAUAUCACUAAUCAAAGCCAGAGUGCAGGUGUUUCUUUCAAUCUCAAACGAGAUUGCAGAAUCCAUGUGGGAAAUAAAUCCAUUUUAUCUUAUAAAUGUGGGGAAGUACUCACCAGUGAAUCAACUCUUGUUGCACAUACAGGAAAUAAAUCAUUUCCGUGUUCUGAAUGUGGUAAAUGUUUUAACCAGAAAGCAAGUUUUGUUAGACAUCAAAAACUUCACACAGAAGAGGAAAUGCAUUCUUGUUCCGAAUGUGGAAAAAAUUUUCGUCAGAAAAAAGAUCUUAUUAGUCACCAGAAAAUUCAUACAGGCGAGAGAAUAUUUUCAUGUUCUGAAUGUGGGAAAUCUUUUACCCAGAAAUAUAGUCUUCUUUGUCAUCAGUCAAUUCAUACAGGAGAGAAACCAUUUCCUUGUGUUGAAUGUGGAAAAUGUUUUCGUCAAAAAAAAGCUCUUUAUAGUCACCAGAGAAUUCAUACAGGGGAGAGUCUAUUUUCAUGUUCGGAGUGUGGGAUACGUUUUGCCCAGCAAUCAACUCUUAUAACUCAUCAGAAAAUUCAUACAGGAGAGAGAGUUUAUUCAUGUUCUGAUUGCGGGAAAUGUUUUACUCAGAAAUCCAAUCUUGUUAUUCAUCAGAACAUUCAUACAAGAGAGAAAGCAUUUUCAUGUUCUGAAUGUGGGAAAUGCUUUACGCAGAAGGCCAACCUUAUUACUCAUUUGAAUAUUCAUACAAGAGAGAAAGCCUUUUCAUGUUCUGUAUGUGGGAAAUGUUUUAUCCGGAAAUCAUAUCUUAUUUAUCAUCAAAAAACUCAUACAAAAGAGAAAGCAUUUUCGUGUUCUGAAUGUGGGAAAUGUUUUACCUGGAAAUGCAGUCUUAUUGCUCACCAGAAAACUCAUACAAAAGAAAGAGGAUUUUCAUGUACUGAAUGUGGAAAGUGUUUUACUUGGAAAACCUGUCUACUUAUACAUCAGAAAAUGCAUACUGGAGAGAAAGCAUUUUCAUGUUCUGAUUGUGGGAAAUGUUUCACCCAGAAAUCCAAUCUUGUUACUCAUCAGAAAAUUCAUACAAGGGAGAAAGCAUUUUCUUGUUCUGAAUGUGAUAAAAGUUUUACCUGGAGAUCCAGUCUUAUUAGUCAUCAGAAAAGUCAUACUAGAGGAAAAUCAAUUUCAAGCUCUUAAUGGUAAAAUGUUGUAUCCAUAAAUCAAAUUUAAUUGCUCACCAAAAAGUUUGUCGUGGUAUUUUACCAAUGCCAUCAAAUAUCUUGUAUAAUCUGUAGGGUGAGAUACAUUAUGGCAAACCAUAAGAAAAAGUGUGUAUUUAUUUUUAUUAUAUUCGUGAUGUAUCUAAUAUUUUAACAGAUAAGACCAGGUUCACAAAAAUGUGUGACUAUAAAAGGUCAACUACAAUUUAUUAGUUUACUUGAUUUAAAACUUACGUAUAAAUGCAAUUUAUAUUAA